UAGUUGAAUUUUAAUUCUAGACAGAGGAAAACGUAUGAGAUGGUUUUUACUCUUAUCUUAGUUCGAAAUUCGAACCUGACUGACUAAACUCUGUUGAGUGGUUAUCGAAGAGUAAACCGUAAAUAUCAGCCUCAAGCAAAAUAUGGAAGCCCUAACCAAUAUCCUGAAUAAUAUAUUGAAAGUGGACAGUAUCGAAGAAGCAUUCAGUUGCUUCUUAGUGCACCAACCGUCUACAAUAACAGACUCACAAAUACAACAGGAUCUGAUAAAUAUUUUCAAAACGAUUCCACAGGACCAAUUGGACUAUGCAAUCCGACAUUAUUUGAAUGUUGCAUCAAGCUCAUCUAGAGAUCGUAUGAAGUCUCUGAUUAAAUUAUUGGAAUCCGUAGUGAGAAAUAAUGGAGUUGAGGCGAGGAGUGUUUGUGAAGUAAUAAAAACUCAUGAUAAAUUAGUGGUGUCGAAUCACGAUUUCUGGAUAGAGUGUUUCAAACUUUUGUAUCGUAUUAUUGACUUGGUAGAUUAUAAAGGGGUGCGUGAAAUUAUGAAGGGAUGUUGCGAGAAAGCAAAAACGAUUCCCCAGAAGCUUAACUCCGAUUUACAACCCAAGGCCAAAGCCCUUGUGAUGGUGGCUGAAAAAAUUGUAGAUAGGGAUGCUUGUCUACUUCCAGGCUAUUUACUGGUGAAUGAACUUCAAAAGUCAUACCCUGAAUGUCCACACUGGUGUCUGUCGUCCCUUUUUUCAGAUUAUAUAGAUAGCUUCAGAGCUUUAGUCCAAAUGGUAUCAAUUGUGGGUAUGUCUGAGAUGAGACCAGUUGUUGACCAUAGUGGGUAUCCUCCAGAGCAUCUCAUAAAUUCCUGGAAGUUAGAUCCAACAAGUCUGAGGUUCACUCUCAAAGGCAUACUGCCUUAUCCUCCAGAACUCUUAGAAAAACAAACAGGGCUGUUGAGAUAUGUCCUGGAACAACCUUAUAGCAGAGACAUGGUUUGCGGAAUGAUGGGCUUACAAAAACAGCAUAAAAUGAGGUGUGCCGCCCUAGAAGAGCAACUUGUAGAAUUAUUAAUAAUGGCUUUAGAAAGGACCGAAAGCGAGAGCGAUGAGUCGGCGACUCAAAGGUUGUGGCUCCAUUUAUCAUCACAACUCAUAUAUUUUGUAUUGUUUCAAUUUGCGAGUUUUCCAAAUAUUGUGAUGUCCUUACGUUCAAGAUUACAAGGUAGGGACUUCAAAAAAGGUCGAGACGAUCUCAUGUGGGUGCUGCUCCAGUUCAUAUCGGGUUCAAUUCAGAGAAAUCCUUUGUCUAACGUACUUCCCGUCCUGAAACUUUACGACCUUCUGUUUCCCGAGCAGGAACCGCCCCUACCCAUUCCCGACCUGAAAAAUCCCAAGUGUACGCGUCAGAUGGCGAUGAUUUGCAUCUGGAUACACCUGAUGAAGAAGGCCCAAUUAACAGAGGGCUCCAACGUGGUUUGGCCGAUCCCGCCCAAACUAAGAAUCCACUACGACUUCCUGCAACACCUGGUCUCGCCCAAUAAUCAAUCCUUGGCCAUGGGGAACGAUUUCAGGAUCACCUUGCUGUGCAACGCCUACUCCACGAGCGGCGAUUAUUUCAGCAAACCGAUGGCGGCGCUGGUGGAGACUGUACAGGGUGGGACCAGUCCACCGACGGCACCCUUGAGCAUGGCGGUUUUAGAUUCCUUGACGGUUCACGCGAAGAUGAGCCUCAUUCACAGCAUAGUCACUCACGUGAUAAAAUUGGCCCAAGCCAAAUCGGGUAUGCCACUGGCACCAGCGUUGGUCGAGACUUACAGUCGUCUACUCGUGUAUACGGAGAUAGAGUCUUUGGGCAUCAAGGGGUUUAUCAGUCAGUUGCUCCCGACUGUCUAUAAAUCUCAUGCCUGGGGGACGCUUUACACCCUUCUGGAAAUGUUCAGCUACAGGAUACAUCACAUACAGCCUCACUACAGGGUUCAGUUGCUGAGCCAUCUGCACUCUUUGGCGGCCGUGCCGCAGGCUAAUCAGACUCAGUUACAUCUCUGCGUCGAAUCCACUGCAUUGAGGCUGAUCACAGGUCUGGGAAGCGGCGAGGUCCAGCCGGAGCUAUCCCGCUUCCUCAGCGAACAGAAAACCCUCGUCUCUCAGGAAUCCGAAGAGCUCAACAGAGCGCUGGUGCUGACGCUGGCCAGGGCCACGCACGUGACCGGCGCCGACGGCACCUGGUGCCUCGAGCUCCUGUCCACGAUCACCCAGAGCACGCCGCACGCUUGGGCCCCGCACACGCUCGACUGUUUCCCGCGGCCACUGGCCGAGUUCUUCGCCCAGCAUCCGGUGCCCAAGGAGAACAAGCAGCAGCUGAAGAAGGCGGUCGAGGAAGAGUAUCGCAAAUGGGCUUCUAUGAAUAACGAGAACGAUAUGAUGACGCAUUUCGGCGUGGCCGGGGCUCCGCCCCUCUUCCUGUGCCUGCUCUGGAAGAUGCUGCUGGAGACCGAUCACAUCAGCCCCAUCGCUUAUAAGAUUUUGGAGCGCAUCGGCGCAAGGGCGCUUUCCGCCCAUCUGAGGAAGUUCUGCGACUGUCUGGUUUACGAAUUUACGAAUUCCCCGGGCGGUCAGCACGUCAACAAGUGCGUGGACACCAUAAACGACAUGAUAUGGAAGUAUAACAUAGUUACGCUGGACCGUCUGGUCCUGUGCCUGGCCCUGCGAAUGCAGGAGGGCAGCGAAGCCCAGGUAUGUUCCUUCAUCAUCCAGCUGGUCCUGCUCAAGGCGACCGAGUUCAGGAACAGGGUGCAGGACUUCGUCAAGGACAACACGCGCGACCACUGGAACCAGACGAACUGGCACGAGAAACACAUGGAGUUCCACAGGAAGUACCCUGAGAAAUUCGCGCCGGAGGAACAGUCCAGCGGGUACAACCCCUACUUCGGGAAUGUUUGCUUGAGGUUUCUUCCCGUCUUCGAUAUAGUUGUUCAUAGGUUCCUGGAGAUAAUCCCGGUGAAGAAGAGCCUGGAGAUAAUCCUCGAACACAUCGGAUGUCUGUACAAGUUCCACGAUCGGCCGAUGACCUACCUGUACAACACCCUGCACUACUACGAGAAGAUCCUGCGCGAUAGGCCCCAGCUGAAGAGGCGGCUGGUGGCCGCCGUCCUCGGCUCGCUGAAGGAGACCCUGUCGGAACCCUAUCAGAUCUUCCUGAAGAGGGGGGCGGAGGAGGUUUGGGUGCCGGAGCUGGAUUAUUACAUCCAGCUGGUGCGCAGAGUGGUCGACACGAUGAACGGCAAGAUGGUGAACUCGACGACGGACUGGAGGUUCAACGAGUUUCCGAACGCAGGCGCUCAUAUGCUGUACACGACGUGUGUGGAACUUAUGGCCUUGUCGGUGGGGGCCACGGCGGUGGCAAACGGCCUGUUGGACGUCGUCCUCAAGGGUUAUGUACUUAUACCACAGGCUGACAUACAUCAAUGGAUCAACGCAAUCGGUUUAAUCUUAGCGGCCCUGCCAAUAAGCUAUUGGAGUGUACUCCUCGAUCGACUGCUCGUUACGUUGGGCAACCUAACCUCUUGGCCGUUCCAGUGCAGCGCCUUCCGCCUGUUCAACUUCAACGAAACGCAUCACGGCCUACUACACAACGAGUUCAGUUACACCAUAGCGCUGGCCCAUUCCGUUUGGCACCACGCGGGUCCUGGACAAAUAGCCUGCGUUCCGAAAUGGGUGAAGGAGAAACUCCCCGGCAUCGUUUUCUCCGAAGAACAAUUGCUGUUCGUGUGCCAUCUGGUCGGACCUUUCUUGCAAAGAUUCAGCAUGGCUGUAGUGGUAGAACUGACGAAUACUCUGUACGAAUUGCUCGCGCAGGUGGACAAUUCGCAGAAAGAACUGAAAUAUAUGGAUCCCGUCUGCGAUCUUUUGUACCAUAUAAAGUAUAUGUUUGUGGGUGAUAUGAUGAAGGAAGAGUUGGUGACGGUUGUGAGGAAGAUGAGGCAACCUCUACAGGUUAGAUUGAGGUUUAUAGCGCAUCUGACGAAAGAGGAGGUCACGUCUUCGUGAAGUUGUUUUAUAUUUUAAUCUUGUUUUUUCAAGAAUGUAAUUUUCAAUAGAUUACUGGAAUUUUU